AUGUGUCGCAGUCGAAGGCGAGUAGUCACACGGUGUUUCUUAUCGCUAGCGGACGGUGAAGGUUACCUGCUUCAACAGUGCUUGAACGGCAACCUUUCAGCUGUCUCCCCAACGCUUCGGUCUCUUCGAUCGCUCAGACUAUCCAACCGCAACACCAACGCGAACUUUUUACUUCAUUUAAACUUCAGCUCGCUGAGUUAUCCUUAAAGACACGUUUAGCCUCUAAGCUAACUGUUUGUUUUGCUCACAUCUCGGACAUCCUCGCCCUCCUCGGAAGAUCUACCACGAUCAAAAAGAACCAUGAGUUCCCAAGUGAGACAGAAUUACCACCAGGACUGCGAGGCCGCCAUCAACAGGCAGAUCAACCUGGAGCUGUACGCCUCCUACGUCUACUUGUCCAUGGGCUACUACUUUGACCGGGACGACCAGGCAUUGCACAACUUUGCCAAGUUCUUCCGCAAUCAGUCCCACGAGGAGCGCGAGCACGCCGAGAAGCUGAUGAAAGUGCAGAACCAGAGGGGAGGAAGAAUCUUCCUGCAAGAUGUCAAGAAGCCCGACAGGGACGAGUGGGGCAGCGGCGUCGAGGCUCUCGAAUGCGCCCUGCAGCUCGAGAAGAGCGUGAACCAGUCGCUGCUGGACCUGCACAAGCUUUGCUCUGAGCACAACGACCCACACUUGUGCGAUUUCAUCGAGACACACUACCUUGACGAGCAGGUGAAGUCCAUCAAGGAGCUGGCCGACUGGGUGACCAACCUGCGCCGCAUGGGCGCCCCCCAGAACGGCAUGGCCGAGUACCUGUUCGACAAGCACACCAUGGGCAAAGAGAGCAGUUAAAUCCCUCCAGAUCACACUUGCAGCUUCUAUAUAUGUGUAUAUUUGUAUGUUGCUUCCAGGUGUGUGUCUGGAACGUUAAGCCACCUGCAUGACACCAGCUAGAAAUCGAAACUUCUUCUCAUGUCAGCUCUAUAACCCCAUGUGAGUUGUUACAUUUAGCUCCCACUCCUCACUCUUAUUUUAUCAGCUAUACGCACUUCUACAUAUUUUACGUGCUUAAUGCCAGGAGUUGUUAAUCACACCAAAUAAACCAAACCCUCUGGAUUCUGAA